AUGGCACUUCCAACAUUUCCCAAGAUCAAAAAUGUCUAUUUCCUUGCUGCUAUCGCCACUGUAGGUGGUAUGUUAUUUGGUUUCGAUAUUUCCUCCAUAUCAGCUAUUAUUGGAACGCCUCAAUAUGUAGAAUACUUCAACAACCCUCAAGGAACGACGCAGGGUGGUAUCCAAGCAGCACUCGCUGGAGGGUCAGUUAUUGGAGCCAUGAUUGCCGGUCCCGUCUCCAACAAACUGGGCCGCCGCAACUCCAUAUUCUUCGGCUGCAUCUGGUGGUUACUCGGAACGUCCCUACAAGCUGGCUGUACCGGCAUCACAAUGCUAAUCUGCGGACGUUUCAUAAACGGUAUCUGCGUCGGCAUUACCUCAUCCCAGGUACCCGUCUACCUGGCCGAAAUCUCUCGCAAAGAAACCCGCGGCUCUAUCAUCGUGAUCCAGCAAUGGGCUAUCGAGUGGGGCAUCUUCAUUAUGUACUUCGCGGGAUAUGGCUGCUCUUUUAUCGACGGCCCUGCGUCUUUUAGAACUGCCUGGGCCCUGCAGCUUGUUCCCGCUGUGUUUUUGAUGAUGGGGAUUCCGUUUUUGCCCGAGAGCCCCAGGUGGUUGGCGAAGGUUGGGCGGGAGCAAGAGGCGGUUGCUAUUCUUGCUGAUAUUCAAGCUGGUGGAAACGUUAAUGAUCCACUAGUUCUGGCAGAGUGGGAUGAGAUUACGACCAUUCUGGCCGCUGAACGAGAAGGUCAACAGGGAUGGAGAAGAUUCAUCAAGAACGGAAUGUGGAGACGCACCUUUGCUGGCUGUUCAGUCCAGGCUUGGCAACAAUUGAGUGGAGCUAACGUAAUGACCUAUUAUGUCGUCUAUAUUUUCGAGAUGGCAAACCUGACUGGCAACAUCGGGCUCGUCUCUUCUGGCAUCCAGUAUGCAAUUUUCAUCAUCGGGACAGCAGCAACCUUCUUCUUUAUCGACAAGACCGGUCGUCGUCCUCUUCUAAUCUACGGCGCCGUAGCAAUGGGGGUGUGCAUGUUUGUUGUCGGAGGCGUCCUCGGAUCCUACGGCACCUAUCUCCCAAAUGGACUCGAGGACAAUCUCUCCGUGCGAGUCCAGGUCACCGGCUCGCCAGCAUACACUGUCAUCGCAUUUUGCUAUCUCCUAGUUUUAGCAUACUCCCUCACCUUAGCUCCCAUUGCGUGGGUCUAUGCGGCUGAAGUCUGGUCCCUCGAGACUCGCGCUACCGGUAUGUCGCUAGCAUCUAUCGCAAACUGGCUGUUCAACUUCGCAAUCGGAUUCUUCAUCCCGCCUGGCUUCCAGAACAUCUCGUGGAAGUUGUUUAUCAUUUUCGGCGUAUUAUGUUUUGCGGCUGCUGUACAAGCGUUUGUCAGCUACCCCGAAACAGCUGGCAAGACUCUGGAGGAGAUCGAACUCUUGUUUGGAAAGGAUGGACCGCAUCCUUGGAACACGAAGCCGGGCAAUAGUUUGCUGGAUGCCAGGGUCCAGGAUAUCCAGGAACAUGGAGGGAAGGUUGGCGCAGCGUUCAAUGGUGCGGAGGUAGAGACAGCCGAGGAUGUGGAGAAGACUGCCGCUCCCCCACGACCUACUGAGACUAUUGCUUGA